GGUUAGGUGCUACCAGGCACGUGCGAACCGUCAUAUGCUGGCAGUAUCGAUAUCGGCGGAUUCAUGUCGGCAGCUGUCUUUCCUAGACAAACGAUCUGUAGUACGGAUCACCUAUGGGGUACUUAAAGAGCCAUUCAUCACUCGAUUACAUCAUGAUUCGUGACUUACAACGAAUUCCCUCCAAUCUUUCUUUGUACCCCAUCAACCAUGCUAAAACUACCUGACCUGCACAUCGCCGACAACACGCAGCUCGUCCCCAGUGCUGCAGUUUGUCUCCUUGUGGUAGGAAUAAUUGCUCGGGCGUUCCUUGCUAAAUCAGAGAGCGGUCUUCCUCUCCCACCUUCCCCUCCCACUUGGAGACUUAAGGGGCACUUCCUGCCGCAACUUUUCCCAUCUCUCACUAUAGCGGGAUGGAUUGAAAAAUACGGUCCUGUGGUCACCAUUCGGUCAGGGUUCGAGAGGGUGGUUUUGAUCGGCCGUUACAAAGCUGCCGUGGAUAUUAUGGAGAACCAGGGGAAAUUCACAGCUGACCGUCCCCGCAAUAUUGCUGGUGGAGAAAUAUUUAAUGGCGGAAUGAGUAUAGUCUUUUCACCGUUUGGGGACAGGUUCCGUCGGAUGCGUAGAGCACUUCAUUCGCAUCUACAGCCUAAAGCAGCUGAAGUGUAUCAGCCCCUGCAGAUGUCACAUGCAAGCAACACAGUUCUCGGCAUUCUCGAUGAUCCACACAACUUCCAGAACCACGUGACAACUUAUGCGGCAACAACAAUCAUGAAGGUUGCAUAUGGCAAGACUGCCCCUACAUCUGCGACAGAUCCCGAUGUUAUUGCACUUCGUCGACGCAUUCAGUUCGUUCAGAGGGCAAUGAUCCUGCGUCCCGGCGCUUACCUAGUAGACGUGAUCCCGUGGCUCAAAUAUCUUCCUUGGUAUGCACGAGACUUGAAACAAGAGUUUGAGAGGGAAAAGAAACUCAACAUUGGUCGGCUGAACCUCGUGAAAGAGAAAAUGCAGAAGGACGUGGACAUUGGCCCUUCGUUCAUGGGAUAUAUGCUAGAAAAUGACCAUCUCUAUGGUUUGACAGAGACCGAGAUGGCCUUUCUUAGUGGUACCUUCUUUUCGGCUGGUUCCAGCACGACUUUUCUGGCAAUAUGCGCGGUACUCUUGGCAGCCGCACGUUUCCCUGAGGAGCAAACUAAAGUUCAGGCUGAACUCGAUGCAGUCAUCGGAAGGCACCAAGCGCCAACAUUCGCCGACCAAGAAUCCCUUCCUCGCCUGCAAGCAUUCAUCUCUGAGGCCUUGAGAUGGAGACCACCCUUGCCUAAUGGUGGUGGGUAUCUUUUGGUUUGGUUCCUACAUACAUUUCACAACAUUCACACCGCAGCAUUGGCUCACCGAACAACUCACGACGUCAUAUGGGAAAAUUAUUGCAUUCCAGCCGGGACCACAUUGUACGCCGACCAUUGGUCGAUCUCUCGAGAUCCUGACGUCUACCCGGAGCCUGAAGAGUUCAAGCCUCAGCGUUGGAUUGACGAUCAAGGUCGCCUGAGAGAUGACUUGAAAUUCUUCGUCUAUGGCUUUGGCCGGCGCGUAUGUCCCGGUCAACAUGUCGCGAACAGAUCGGUGUUUAUCAACUCGCUCCUCAUCUUAUGGGCCUUCCAGCUCACUCUGGAUCCCACGAAGCCGUUGAAUGACAUAGGAUUCAUGAAUGGGGCGGUAUCAGAUACCCCCCCGUGCCCAAUUGAGUUUGAGACUAGGAUUCCGGAAUCGGAGCUCAGGCGCCUGAUGCAGCAUUAUCCAUGAAAGAAUUUGAUGCUUGGAUGGGUCAGGAAGAGACGAAGGACCGGUUACCAACGAAUAAACAAUAUCGGUGCGAGAAGGGCAGACUGGUGGGGGCACGCCUCACGCCA